AUGGAGUUCACUAAGCAUCUCGGAAGGUUUAGGUCUCUAUGGUCAGAGCUAGAGAUGCUGAGGCCGACUACUACUGAUGCUGAGGAGCUUAACAAGAGAAGGGAACAAGACAAGGUCUUUGGUCUGUUGUUGACACUGAAUCCAGCAUACAAUGGUCUCAUUCAGCACAUGUUGAGAGAUGAUGAUCUCCCGGACUUGGAAGAAGUAUGCUCUCGGAUUCAAAAGGAGCAGGGCUCCAUUGGCUUAUUUGGAAGAAAGGGAGAGCUAUCAUUGGCUAAUCAAGCAUCUCAAGCUGAACAUGGUGAAGGUCCGCAAGCUAAUAAAGCCAUACAAGGCAAAUAUGAGAAGUUCAAUGGGAAUUGUGACCAUUCUAAGUUCAUGAAGGACCGGGAAGCAAGAGCUCAUAUGUCAGAGUGUGCAAGUGGAGGAUCAAGUGGAGCUGGUACUAGUAAGAGUCAAGAGGUGACAAGGGGAGAUACUGGUGAUGGGAAGUCUCUGCUCUUCAAGGAGAAUGGUAACUCUGGUAACUACUUUGGUUAUUCAUUUGGUGCUAGGAUGAUAGAUAAUCCUGUGAAUUUUGAUAGCAUUGAUAGCAUGGUUGAUAGGUUGAAAGAUAUGCAUAAGGUGUCUCGCGCAUGUUCCUCCGAUCUUGCGGUGAGGAGGGAUCUUUUUAGGUCGAGGCCUUGUUCCUGGAACUCCUUCACUCUCGACCGGAUUCGAGGGGCGGUCGCGCUUUUCCGAUCGCGAGGUGGUACUCGUCCCUGCGUCAACGAUAGGUCCUACGUUUUUGCCCCUUUAAGGCAAAGGCGGAGACCUCGUAAAGAUAAAGGGAUCGCUUUUGAUUCCUCGUCGGGAGAUGGCGCGACGCCGAGAUACGACCCCGGCUUUACCUCGGAGAGUCGGGAUGUUCCUCCUCCGGGUGACUUCUUUGACGAACUCCCUCCGGCGUUUUCCCGUGACGAGUCUUUGGACAACGAGGAAAGGGACAAAGUGACUGCGGAGGGUGCUCGCUUGGUCAACGAGGCCGUGAGAGUUUGGAAUGCAUCGAUUGAUGGGAGUUUCCGCACCGCCCGGUUGGCCCGUUUUAAAGCGGAGGAAACGGCAAGGGAGUUUGCUAAGUAUCGAUUGGAAAUGGAGGAGCAAAAUCGCCGGCAAGCCGAAAUCCAAGCUCGAGCCCUCGUUCGCGCGGAGAGGAGCGGACGGAGAAGAGCUGCCGCCGAAAUGAACCGAAGGGCUGAAAUUUUUUCUACUGAGUUCGAAGCUUACAAAGAGGCUCAGGACUUUGUAGGUGAUUUUCGCGAGUGCCGUGGUUCGGUCGGUACCCUCGGCAAGAUGCAGCGUGGGGGCUUCUCUAUUUCCGGCGAACUCGCCACGAUGGACAGCUCGAUGAGGAUAUGUGCCAACGCCGAAUCCUUUGUUCCCCCAAUUGAAGGAAGAAUCCGAGAACUGUGGAAUCCUAUCCAGGUUUCGGAGGAUACGGCGGAUGUAGGAGAGGGUCCAAACGCAGGCGACGGGGAUGAGGAGGUUUGA